AUGAAUAAUCCCAAGAGCGCUGAGGCGCCGGUUAGCCGAUACGGGCAAAUUUGCAGCUUCCUGCUUCACCUGAAAGUCUUGAUGGGCUACGCCGUGUACCAGUUCUUCUCCGAGCACUUUGUGACCGUGUUUUUGCGACGACUCUUCUGCCCGGCGGUAAGUGUCCAGCUGGACGGUGCCGGCGACAAGUGUAGGCGCGAGCGUGAACAGGCAGCGUACGAGGCGAGCCGGGCCGAAUUGGCCGGCCUGAGUGCUACCAGGAACGCGUUCCGAGCCGGACGUAGCAGCAACGGCCCCACAAACGGCAGCACCAUGAUCGAUGCUCACGGCAAUGCGCUGCCACCGCUUAGUCCUUCCAGCAACAAUAACUCCACAACGGAACUGGACAGCGACAAACCCAUGCUGCCCAUGACGCCCGCAAAAGCGCUAGACUACCACGGAGUGCACCUGACCGACUACGAGAAGCAGGAAAUUGAAAAGUAUAAGGAAAUCUACUAUCUCGGUCUGGAUGCGCGCAAAAUCAACGCCAAACCGGGCGUGGGCGCUAACUCGGGGUUCGAUGACGAGAACGGAUGCUAUCAGAAGAUUGUCCACGAUCACAUCUGCUACCGGUACGAGAUCCUGGAGAUCAUCGGCAAGGGCAGCUUCGGGCAGGUGAUCCGGGCACUCGAUCACAAGACCAAGCAGUACGUGGCGAUCAAGAUCAUCCGCAACAAGAAGCGCUUCCAUCAUCAGGCCCUCGUCGAAGUUCGGAUACUGGACGAGCUGCGGAAGAAGGACGCUGACGGAAGCCACCACGUCAUCCACAUGCUCGACUACUUCUACUUCCGCAACCAUCUCUGCAUCACGUUCGAGCUGAUGAGCCUGAACCUGUACGAGUUGAUCAAGAAGAACAACUAUCAAGGAUUCAGCCUGAGCCUCAUCAAGCGGUUCUGCAACUCGAUCGUAAAGUGCUUAAGAUUCCUCGACGAGUUGGACAUCAUUCACUGUGAUCUAAAACCGGAAAACGUACUGCUGAAACAGCGAGGCAGCAGCACGAUAAAGGUCAUCGAUUUCGGCAGCUCGUGCUUCUCGGACCGAACCGUCUACACCUACAUCCAGUCGCGGUUCUACCGGUCACCGGAAGUCAUCCUGGGCUACCCGUACGACAAGGCGAUCGAUAUGUGGAGCUUAGGAUGCAUCCUGGCCGAGCUGUACACCGGAUAUCCGCUGUUCCCGGGCGAGAAUGAAGUCGAACAGCUGGCGUGCAUAAUGGAAAUACUCGGCGUCCCGUCGAAGGAGAUCUUCCAGCUGGCGACCAGGAAACGGCUAUUCUUCGACUCGCGAGGAGUACCGCGGUGCAUAACCAACUCGAAGGGACGCAAAAGGAAACCGGGCUCGAAGACGCUGUCCCAGGCGCUCCGCUGCAACGAUACCGUGUUCAUCGAUUUCGUCAGCAAAUGUUUGGAGUGGGAUCCUCACAAGCGCAUGACACCGGAACAGGCGGCCCGUCACGAGUGGCUCCAGAUGAGCGCCUCGAAGGCGUACUUCGGCUCGAAGUCCAAGGAAAGCAGCGACACGCAGCUAAACUUUCUUCACAAGCAGCAACGAUCUCAGCCAAUGACACCAAACACCAUCCUGCCAGAGAUAAAGACUCCCUCCAAUCGCACGCUGCGGUUUACCAAAGAGCGCGUCAAAGCAACCGAUCUCGAAACGGCACAACAGCAAUCCUCCCUGCACCGGUUGACGAACGUCCGGAAGGUGACCGCGACCGGGUUGACGAGCAUCGGUGCCACCACCACCACCACCAACAGCAACAACAACAACAAUGGACUUGGACACGGCCUGCAACACCAUCAUCAACACCCGCACCAUCAUAACGGUGGUGGUAGCGGUGGAAGUGGUGGAAGCGGCAACAACAACGCCCCCACCAGUGGCAGCAUGCAGACAAUAAAUGGUGCAUCCUCGAAGUACGUGUCCUCGACGUCAUCGGCGCACCAUCACCAUCACCAUCAUGGGGGUGCGAUGCCACACUCGCAAAGUACCGGGGAUGUGUCGGCGAUUUUUGGCCGCGCAUGACAUGAGACGCUCGC